UGGCACUCUCCCCCUCGGACACACACGCGGAUCACAGGAACGCGUCUGCUACUCCUUUCGUUUAGAGAUUACAAUUGAGUCCUGCGCGACUCACAGCAACGUUCGUCGUUAGAGGAGUUGAUUCCGCCUGCGUGCGAAUAAGCUCUUUUCAGGGUUCAAGAUCUCGGUCAUAGGCUGAGGAAGUUAUAAUCACAGGUUGAGGAAGAUUUGUUUGAAGAUAACAGAGAUCGAUACGAUGGCUUACGUGAUCAAGGUCGAGCACGCGGACACACUCCGUCGCCUCACGUUUGAGAAGCGGCCUGGUGAAGAGGGCGGUUUAUCUUUCGCGGAUUUGGAAUCGUCCAUUCGUGAGCUAUUCAAAAUUUCUGCAUCUUCCGCACGGCUGAAAGUGACGUACAAGGACAAGGAUAACGAUGUCGUCACGAUGGAUAGCGACCAGGAUCUGAAAGACGCCUGCGUUUUUCAGGCUCUCAAUCCCCUGCGCUUGAAGGUCGUCGUGGUUCCAGAUGCAAGCACUGGGACGCCACUUGAAGGGCUGGAUGUGCCUUUCAAAGACUUUCUACAGAAUUUGCAUCCUGAAAACAUGAAGAAAAUUUUACAGGAUUGUGAACCUCUCUUGAAAGAUGCUUCUCAGAUCCCCGAGUUGUUGGAGCAAUUUUACAAAACUGUAAUUUCUCACAUUCCGGUGGUGCGUCGGAACGGUGGAACUGCAACCUCCUACCCCUCUGGUCAAGGCAACAAACCUAGCCCACCUCAGCACCCUCCCUCCACACCACCUGGUUGCCCCUCUGGUCAAGGCAACAAACCUCGCCCACCUCAGCACCCUCCCUCUAGGUCUUGGUCUUAUGGGGAAGAAGGCAAUCAGGAAGGCUUAAUUUCUGUGCACUUCGGUGUGCGCUGUGAUGGUUGCAACGACGCUCCUAUUAAGGGAACUCGAUACAAAUCACUAGUAAAGGAAAAUUAUGAUCUCUGCAGUGAAUGUUACAAGAAAUCUGGAGAGACCGAUAAGAAUUACGUAAUCUUCCAUCGUGCCCCAGUUCGUCCGAGAUUCCGCUUUUCACGAAAUGGUAGAAUGAACAUGUGCCCUGCUAUGGGUCCUGUAGAAGGUGGUAUUGGUCCGAUCGGUCACUCAGGAAUGGAACAUUUUGGUCCCAUGGGGCCAGGUUGUCAUGGAGGAAUGGGACCUCAUGGUCACAUGGGACCUCAUGGUCACAUGGGUCCUCACGGUCCUCAUGGUCCUCAUGGUCGCGGUGGUAUGUUUAGAGGUCCCCAUGGCGGAGGGCGUACUUCUCAAGAUUACCAGGGCGGUUGGUUGGAUGCCCGUUUCGUUUGUGAUGUGUCUAUUUUUGACGGCACCGAGCUCGCACCUGGAACUCAUUUCACCAAAAUUUGGCGCCUGCGUAACAGCGGCACCGCCCCUUGGCCCUCUCAGACGAAGCUCGUGAAUGUUGAUGGUGAUAAUCUCGGAUCAGAGACCAUUACACCACUCCAGCUAGGUGAGCAGGGAUUGGCACCUGAAGAAGAGAUCGAAGUGUCAGUCGAUUGCGUUGCACCACAGCAGAUCGGGCGAUAUCACUCGAACUGGCGCCUCUCCACACCAUGGGGACCCAAAUUCGGACACAAGAUUUGGGUACAGAUUCAGGUUGUUUCCGUGGAUACUUUGAAGGAGCCUGCACAAGUUGAUGUUGGUGAGAAUGAUGAGGAAGAAAAAGUUGAUAUUCCUGAAGUGACGUUUGAGAAACUUUCAUCUUCUGCGCCUGCAAAAGCGGAAGAAAUUGCUGCUGAAGUGGUGGCUACCGAACAGACUGAAAGCCUUGAGUCGAUGAAGAGUAUUGAAGAAACUUUCGUGAAAGUAGAUGUAAAUAACAACGGAGAUGAGUCGCCCCACAUUCAGAUGAUUGAAAUGCCCUCUGGGUUAACUGAAGAAGAGAAGACGGAAGCCUCCACUCCUACGGUGGAACCCGCAGCAGCGGAAGAAAAUAGACCCGUCGAUGACGUUUCAAAUGGAAUAAUUGCGAACAUUCCUGAUGAAGUUUCUGCUCCCGUGCUGCCUGAGGAGCGUAAGAACGGUAAAGCUCCAGUCGACACCGGGGAAGUCGCGAUGGCUGUAUACAACCCUCUACUGGGACGACUAGAAGCUAUGGGAUUCAGCGACAGACAGCUGAACCUCGAACUUUUGAAGGCCAAUGCAUUCGAUCUCCGCAAAUCAGUCGAUGCGCUGUGCGCCGUUGACGAUUGGGCCCCUGCAUUUGAGGAACUGGAAGAUAUGGGUUUCACCGACGCUGGCGUCAACCGGCGUCUCAUGUUCAAGAACCAGGGCAAUCUGAAGCGUGUUGUGAAAGAACUUGUGCAGCUGGCUAAAGAAUCAUCAGGACGAGCCAAGCAGAUGGCUUAGUUUGGCUGAUUUACUGUCCGAUCGAUCGAUUGAUGCCGUCGUUUUCUUAAAUAUGUUGGCUUUUGACCUAUUUCGGAAUGCCAUGUCCACAGCUCCGAAUUUGGAAUUUGUACGGAUUUAGAAUGUCACCUUUGCACUCCAAUCUCAUGCAUUGACGGGUGGUAUGGGAUGUUCGUGUUUCGGAGAAAAGGGAUAUUUAUCAGAAGAGUAGAAAUUGGAAAAAAAAUGUUUUAGCUUUGAGAUUAUAAAGUGGCACCACAUUUUAGGGAACUGAUUUAUGUUUCAAAAUUGAAGUAUACUUGAUUAUGGGAAGGUAGUGAUUUGUUCUCAUGCAAUACCUUGAUUCAUAAGCCACGGCUUAUGAACUACUUUGGAAUAGAAAUAUAGAAGUGGUUGUAAAUCUGAAAGACGUAUGAAUAGCUUAAACAUUGUCAUAGUUUUAAUAAACUUUGGAUAUAAAAGAAAAUCAAUUUCUUCUG